AUAUGUCUAAAAUAGCGAUAAUAAUGAAGUAAGCCAUGAGACGAGACUGCCCAUGCCUUGUUUACAUGUGCGGGAGGCGGCUUGUAUCUCUCCUCGACCUUCCUACAUUAUUCCUUUUUACUCCCUCGCCCUCCCGUGUUCCUGAGCGUGUCUUCCCCUAAAUAAAGCCUUCCAGAGACCCCUAGCAGCUGAGACAUGGCGGACAAGUUGAAUGAUCUGUUGGGCCGGCUGGGCAAGGGGCCCCGAGGCAUGGGCACUGGCCUGAAGGUGCUGGCAGUGGCCGGGGCUGCAGCAUAUGGCAUCAGCCAGUCCAUGUACACAGUGGAUGGUGGUCAGCGUGCCAUCAUCUUCAGCCGUAUUGGUGGUGUUCAGCCAGACAUCUAUUCUGAGGGCCUGCACUUCAGGAUUCCCUGGUUCCAGUACCCUGUCAUCUAUGACAUCAGGGCCCGACCAAGGAAGAUCACCUCCCCCACCGGCAGCAAAGACCUGCAGAUGGUGAACAUAUCCCUGCGAGUGCUGUCCAGGCCCAUCAGCUCCGCCAUUCCCCUCAUACACCAGACGCUCGGCCUCGACUUUGAUGAGAAGGUGCUGCCAUCUAUCAUCAAUGAGGUCCUUAAGUCUGUGGUUGCCAAAUUCAACGCCGCUCAGCUGAUCACCAUGCGUCAGGAGGUCUCCCUCAUGAUCCGACGGGACCUCACUCAGCGGGCACAGGACUUCAACAUCAUCCUCGACGACGUGUCCAUCACAGAGCUGAGCUUCGGCCGGGAGUACGCCUCGGCUGUUGAGUCCAAGCAGGUGGCGCAGCAAGAGGCUCAGCGGGCGUCCUUCGUGGUGGAGCGCGCCCGGCAGGAGAGGCAGCAGAAGAUCGUACAGGCGGAGGGUGAAGCCGAGGCAGCCACUCUGCUUGGUAAAGCUCUGAGCCUCAACCCUGGCUACCUCAAACUGCGCAAGAUCAAGGCUGCUGUUAACAUUGGCAGGACGAUGUCUCAGGCCCAGAACCGUGUGUACCUGGGAGCCGACACCCUCAUGCUCAACAUCAAUGACAAUGCAUUCGAUGCCAACACCACCAAGCUCAAGCCGGGCAAGUAAGGCGGGAACAAGAACGCGAGAUAGAGCGAGAGAGAGAGAGAGAGAAUGAGAGCAAGUCACUACCCUCACCUCCAGCUCCUUGCAGACCACUCGCAUGACGUCAAGUGGUUGGUUACUUUAGUGUUUUGUAAGUUUUUUUAGUUUUUCUUUGUUAUCACUACUAUUAUUCUUGACAUGUAUUAUUGUUUAUGUAGGGCAGAGUGAUUGCCAUCUGUUAGUGUAGGAUGAUUCCCCUUGACACUAGCCUCAGGUCACUCAGGUUUCCCCGUCAAUAUGUUCGUUUUGGGUCAUGUUAAUUAAUGUUUCUGCUUCCUUUCCCCCAGUCUAUUCAGUUACCCCUUAGCACUAUUCCAAUGUUUAGCAGAAUUAUUAGUUUAUAUGCCACUAUGUACAGAAUUUGUUUGGUCAAUGAAACUUGUAAAUAUU